AUGAAACUCCCAAUCGGUUCUAUUUGGAGAAAAACCAAUCAUGUACGAAAUAAAAUUCCUUCCUAUCCAAAACUCUCUGGAAAUGGCCCAGAGGUUGAUGUAUGCAUUGUCGGAGGAGGAGUCUUUGGUUUACAAACAGCUUUGAAAUUACAAGAAAAUGGAAAGAGUGUGGCAAUCAUUGAAGCAGAUAAGAUUGCCAGUGGAGUCUCAAGUCACACCACAGCCAAAGUCACGUGUCUUCACAAUGUGGCUUAUAGUACCAUCGAGAACAAGUUCGGUCCUGAAGUAUCGAUUCAUUAUGCACGAAUGAACAUGGCUGGGUUGAAUGAAAUUAAAAGAAACAUCUCAACCUAUGAUAUUGAUUGUGAAUGGGAGGAUUCUCAUUCUUAUACGAUUGCCUUAGAUUCGGAUGAGUUGGACACUAUUAAGGAAGAGAUGGCUGCCCUUAAGAGAGCAGGUUUGGAAACCUUCCUUGUCACUCCUCAAUCCAUUUCGAAUGAAAUUCCAUUCGCAAAUAAGGGUGCCAUUUGUUUGCCCAAUCAAGGAAUCUUCAAUUCGUAUGAUUACUGUAUUGGAAUUGUCAAGGCUCUCGAAAAGAAUGGAGCAUAUAUUUAUGAAGAUUCCCGAGUGCAAGAUGUGGACUACUCACAACCACAUACUGUUCAAACCGAUGAAGGAAAUGUAUUGGCACAAAAAGUGGUGAUUGCCACUCAUUUGCCAAUAUUGAACAGAAGUGGACAUUGGGGUGUGGUCACUCCAACGUCUUCGUAUUGUGUUGCUUUUGAAAUGCAAGAUGGCGUAGAGGCACCUCUUGGACAUUACAUUACCAAGGGCAUGUAUGACGAGUUUGGAGGAAAAUCUGUUCGUCGAUGUUGUAAAGGAAAAGUAUUAGUUAUUGCAGGAAAUUCACACAAAACUGGAGAGUUUCCACCCACUGGAAACAGUGAAGAUCUCUACAAGAAUUUGAUUGACUUUGGUAAGAAGUAUUUCAAAGUGAAGGAUGUCAUUUGUUGCUGGUCAGGUCUUGAUUAUGUCACUGCUGACUAUAUCCCAUAUAUUGGUCAUUUGCACCAUGGAAUUAACACGUUGUAUACUGCAACGGGAUUUAAAAAGUGGGGAUUCACAACAUCAGCUGGAGCGGCAAUGAUUGUGAGUGACAUGAUUUGUGGCAAAAAGGAAGGUGAAACAGCAACAUGGGCAAACACGUUCGAUGCAAGAAGAUGGGAUCUAGCACAUUCUACUGUUAGCAUGAUGAAAUUCCAAGCACACGUGUCCAAGCAUUUUGUGGCAACUAGAAUUAGAGAUGUUAUUAAGGCCAAGGAUAUUGAAGAUUUGGUAAAUGAUGAGGGAGGUAUUUGCAAGCAUGGUAUGGAGACAGUGGCAGCAUACAGAGACAAGAAUGGAGAAUUCCAUUUGUUCUCAGCUUCGUGCAGCCAUUUGGGUUGUCAUUUGGAUUGGAACGCAGCAGAGCAAACAUUUGAUUGCAGCUGUCAUGGUUCAAGAUUUUCAGCAAUGGAUGGCAGUGUUUUGCAUGGUCCUGCUACAAAGCCAUUGCCUCCAGUACCAAGUAUGAGCUCUAAAAUGUAA